UCAGAUGUCCCAGUAGUUGCGGCUCUGGCGCUCCGCACCCUCCGUCUGCGGCAGCGGGGGCUGGUGGCCCCGGCCCCUGCCUGGCCCCCCUCCCCCAACCUCAUGCCUCAGCCCUAACCCCGCCGCCCUCCCAUGCGGAGGGCCUUUCCCGGUGCCCCCCGCCCGCCCCAUCCACGUCGGGCGCCAUGAACGACCAGUACCACCGGGCAGCCCGGGAUGGCUACCUGGAGCUCCUUAAGGAGGCCACCCGGAAGGAGCUAAAUGCCCCCGACGAGGAUGGCAUGACCCCCACUCUCUGGGCUGCCUACCACGGCAACCUUGAGUCUCUGCGCCUCAUUGUGAGCCGCGGGGGUGACCCGGACAAGUGUGACAUCUGGGGCAACACACCCCUGCACCUGGCAGCUUCCAAUGGCCACUUGCACUGCCUGUCCUUCCUGGUGUCCUUCGGGGCCAACAUCUGGUGCCUAGACAAUGACUACCACACGCCGCUGGACAUGGCCGCCAUGAAGGGCCACAUGGAGUGCGUGCGCUACCUGGACUCCAUCGCGGCCAAGCAGAGCAGCCUCAACCCCAAGCUGGUGGGCAAGCUGAAGGACAAGGCCUUCCGCGAGGCGGAGCGGCGCAUCCGCGAGUGCGCCAAGCUGCAGCGCAAGCACCACGAGCGCAUGGAGCGGCGCUACCGGCGCGAGCUGGCCGAGCGCUCCGACACCCUCAGCUUCUCCAGCCUCACGUCCAGCACCCUGAGCCGCCGGCUGCAGCACCUGGCGCUGAGCAGCCACCUGCCCUACUCGCAAGCCACGCUGCACGGCACGUCCAGGGGCAAGACCAAGAUGCAGAAGAAGCUGGAGCGGCGAAAGCAGGGCGGCGAAGGCACCUUCAAGGUCUCCGAGGAUGGGCGCAAGAGCGUGCGCUCGCUCUCCGGCCUGCAGCUGGGCAGUGAUGUGAUGUUCGUGCGCCAGGGCACCUACGCCAACCCCAAGGAGUGGGGCCGAGCCCCGCUCCGGGACAUGUUCCUCUCGGACGAGGACAGCGUCUCCCGUGCCACGCUGGCGGCCGAGCCUGCUCACUCGGAGGUCAGCACCGACUCAGGCCACGACUCCCUGUUUACCCGCCCCGGCCUGGGCACCAUGGUGUUCCGCAGAAACUACUUGAGCAGUGGGCUUCAGGGACUGGGCCGCGAGGAUGGGGGGCUGGACGGGGUGGGCGCGCCGAGGGGUCGGCUGCAGAGCUCCCCCAGCCUGGACGACGACAGCCUGGGCAGUGCCAACAGCCUGCAGGACCGCAGCUGUGGGGAGGAGCUGCCCUGGGACGAGCUGGACUUGGGCUUGGACGAAGACCUGGAGCCCGAGACCAGCCCGCUAGAGACCUUCCUGGCCUCUCUGCACAUGGAGGACUUUGCCGCCCUCCUGCGGCAGGAGAAGAUCGACCUCGAAGCUCUGAUGCUGUGCUCUGACCUCGACCUCCGCAGCAUCAGCGUCCCCCUGGGGCCCCGAAAGAAGAUCUUGGGGGCCGUGAGGAGGCGGCGGCAGGCGAUGGAGCGCCCGCCGGCCCUGGAGGACACAGAGCUGUAACCGGGGCUCCUCUCCCCACACCAAAAUGAAUUGCAAGUUGCCACAACCUAUGGUGGGGCCUCGAGGUCCCCACGGUCGCCAGCUCUGCAGUCCCCUUCCCAGGAGCAAGAACCACAUGGUCAACUCCUUUGAAAGCCUGUCUACACCUUGAAGCAGAGGGUGUGGUCUGGAGGCACCAGAAGGGCAAGAGAAUGUUCCAGAACUCCAGUUCUGAGAGGUCUCCAAGGCCCUGAGGCACCCCCUCCGAGCAGCCCUAAAGGACAUGUAGACAUGGGGGAGGCCUGCUCCAGAGGGAGGGCACGGGCAUUGGAGCUGGGUGGGAGUGUGGGAGGUGGAUGCGGGAGGGCGCCGCACCUGUCCCGGGUGCUGUGGCCUCUCCCACCCCUCCUCUGAGGGUCCUACUCUCUUGUGCUGAGGCCAGAGACUUGCUCGCUUCCUGCAUUUUUGUGAAGGGAAGAGUUUGGCCUGCCUCCCCUCCUCCUGUCCACCCCAGAGGGGACGUUCCCCAGCCGACUCUUCAGCCAAAUGCCCUCUCAAUCUGCACCGCAACCCAAGCAUAGCCAGCACCCCCUCCUUCACCCACUGGCCAAGGCCCGGAGCUGGAGAGCCAGGUUGGGGUGGGGUGGGGGUACUGACGCCCUUCCCAGCUCAUCCAGGGGUAGAGCCUGGCCUGUCUUCCUCCAGCCUCCCCCUUCUUCCUUGUGCAGCCUGGCCCCCCAGGGACUCCACAGGGCCAGGGCGCUAGAUGCAAGGUGCUAGACCAACAGGCUGCAGUAUUAUAGCCCCCAGGCCUGGCAGGCAUGCGCUGGGCUAGAGGAAGGCAUCUGCCAACCUCUUUAGUCUCGCAGCCCCAGGACAGGCAGAACAGGGCGUGGCUGGGUGUCAGGCCUGGGGUGGGUAAGUCCUGCGAUGUAGACACUGGAGAAAGUGGAUAAUUUAAACUGCAGAUUGUCCCCAGGUUGCCAGGGCUGUGUGUGUGCAUGUUUUUGUGCAUGUAUCAUGUGUACAUGUGUGGUAUGUGAGAGCGUGUUUGUGCACGUAUUCUGGGUAUGUGUGUGCACAUGCAUGCAUGUGCCCACGUGCAUGUGCAUGUGUGUUCAUGUGUGUGCGCAUGUGUGCAUGCUCGCGUUGGGUGUUGCGUGGUGGGCUUCCCUCCAGGUCUGGAAGGGACUGGGCUGCUUCGUGAUUCUGCAUGGAUGGGGAUAAGGGAGAGCUCAUGUGUCCCAGCCUUGUGAUGGUGGUGAGACCAGGGGAAAGGCCAGCUCAGAGGGUGCUCAGAGCAUGUGUCCUCAGAUAUGUGCCCCCAGAGCUCUCCAGCCAGACUGAGGUCACAGAUGUGGGAGAGUCCCUCAGGAGCCCGCCGACACAUGUGUGCCCCUUCACAUCCCAUGCAGAGGUGCCUUCCUCCUCUCUCAGCCAUGGCCCUGCAUCCCUGACCUGCUGGGAGCAUGGCCACAGCUCCCAGCUCCUCUUCGGGCCCUCUUGGCUAGGGCAGGGGAAAGAGAACCCUCAAGGCCUCUUUCUGGUCUGUGUGGGGGUUCCUAUACCCACACACAUGCCCAGAGCGGGGGGCAUGGAGGAGAUGGUCCCUGUCCCACUACAGGACACUGAGGACUUGGCUGCCUGCCACCGCCUCCAAAGCCCACCGCAGCGCUUUUUCCUGUUCUCUGGGCCUGAUCCUGGGGUCACCCCCAAGUGCCGACUUGUUUUUCCCAGAGCCCCAGGUGCUGCCCUUCUCUCCCGUUCCUUGUCCAUUUACCGCCGCAGCCCCUCCGGGUUCUCCCGGUGCAGGGGUGGAGCAGGCGCUGUGCUUCCACCGCUGUACCCUCAAUCCAUCCUUCAGGCUAACUACAACUUUUGUAGACAAUGUUCUCCAUCAGUGUC